GUAUUUCAGGAACGGUUACAUGCCUGACAACUACACUUCUGAACAGAGCUGGGAUGCUCGUCUUCUGAUGGAGCGCUCUCGAGCUGUGAAGUGUCCAGAUAUCAGCGCUCACCUGGCUGGUACCAAGAAGGUUCAGCAAGUGCUCGCCAGACCUGGAGUCCUGGAGAGGUUCUUCCCGGACCAGCCUCAAGCUGUGCAGCAGAUCCGAGCGACAUUCGCUGACCUCUACACUCUAUACACGGGUCCAGAGAUCUAUAAAACAGUAUCAAUGGCCUUGCAGCAGCAGAACGGUUUGUCUUGAAGCCUCAGCGAGAAGGAGGAGGCAGGCUAAAGACAUGGUGAUAAAUGAGUGUGUGGGCCAUCUGCUGAGGACCAAGAGCUCAGGACACUCAGACGGGGGCGUCACAGCAG